UCCCGGCCGGGCGGCGGUGGCAGCUCCGAGCAGCGACGGCGGCGGCGAGCAGUCGUCAGUCGGUCACGGCGUCCCGGUGAGCGACGUUUGUUUGUUGGCGUCUGCGUGUGUGUGUGUGUGUGUGCACGCGCGUCUGUGUGUGAGCGUUUAGUGGUGUGUACGUGCGAGCGAUCGUUUCACCCGGCGGGGCACAGUGUGUGCCGAGUCUUUGCGCCGUACGGAAACUCACCGUCGCGCGGCACGAACGGCAAUCGCAGCGCGAUAGAUAAGAGCGGCGAAAACCCGUCGGCGACGACGCAGAGUUUUUUUUUUUUUUUUAUAUUUUAUUUUAUUUUCGACACUUCGCUCCAUUUGUCGUCGUCGUCUUGUUCUUGAAUCGCCGCACGUCUCGCCGAACGAGCGUGGAUCUCGUACCCGCGGCGUCCCGACGACCCCUCGAUCCGGCGAGGGUCGUUUUAUAUUAAAUUCGAAAUCGCAUAAUAUACGUCGACACGCGAUUCAAUUAUAUAUCGAACACGACGACGACCCUUAAAUGCGUACUUAAAAAAAAAAAAAAAUCCCCCUUUUCGAAUCUCCGUCGUCACCGUCGCAGACGGCUAUAAUACAUCGUUACAGUUGCAAAUUGCCAUAUAGAUUUUGCCGUGCAUAGACUAUAAAUAUCGCAAAAGCCAGACGGAAAUAAACACUGAGGGGAAAAAAAAUAAGAAAUAAGAUGGUCGUAAAUUUUUCGACGGUCGUUGAACGGCGAAUUAGUUACUCGUUUGAAGGGUUCGGAAGUCUUGGAAAAGUCGCAGUGGCUAAACCACCUCCGACUUUGGCGUUGUUUCCCGUUCGGCAAUGCGCCGUUUAAACCGUUCGAAGAACACCAGUCGUUAGUCAACAUGAUUUGGGCAAUGAAGUCUUCGGACAGUGGCGGAGAAGGCGGCGAAGAAGAUUCGGGUGGCGGGGGUGAAAGCUCCAAGGCAGUCGAGUGGCGACGGCGUGGUCAUCUGCAAUUCUCAACUACUUCGAUGUCGACGUCUUCGGGAUGGAUGAUCAUGACAAUGUUCGUCUUCUUCUUCAUAUCCAGCACGGCGGCCGUGCUAUCAAACUCCACGUUCAAAGGCGAACAGCAAAGCGACAUAAACGCACGCAUAGGACAGUCAGCUUUUUUACCCUGCGAACUGGAACCCAAUAACGUUACCAUGGGAUUCGAGAUCACCACCCAGUGUGGUAUAGUCCACUCCGUGAAAUGGUACCGAGGAGCAAACAGAAUAUUCCUGUAUUCCGGUGGGCCUCGCACGACACAGCCUCACCGAGAAGGGUACACCGACAGGUAUGACAGAUCGUAUUGGAGUACGGAACCAAAUUCUACUUUGGGCUUUUUGGUAAUGGACAAUAUAACUGCGCUUGACGAGGGUGUUUAUAAAUGUGAGAUCACGUAUACUAAAGUACACGAAGGUUGCAACAUCGUUCAGUUUAUCAAUCUUACAACUUACACUGAUCCUGAAUCUAUUAGUGUUGGUACAUUGGUUGAACCCAAUGAUCUUUCGGCGCACAAUUAUAUCGAUCCUACAUCAGAUUUUUACGAUGACAAAAAUAGUGAUCCAAAAUUCGGUCUUAUGAAAAAAUUAACAUCUGGUGCAAUCGUGGGUCCAGUGGAUGAAGGAAAUAAAAUACGUUUGGUAUGUCGUGCAGGCCGUGCCAGGCCUGUGCCUCAAGUUACAUGGUGGCAACAUAGUCGUGGUCCAAUUUAUGAUAGUGAUUUAGUUGAUUAUCAAUACCGUAAGGUGGAUUCCGAUUUGUCCGAUGACGUUUUCUCGUACUCGGGAUUAUGGGUCGCACAAAGCGUUCUCACUGUUGUCGGUAAAAGGGGUGCAAAUGGUAGAUAUGAAUGUCGAGUAAAAACGGCGACUGAUUCGUCACCAAUUCUGACAUCUAAUGUCGAAGUCACUGUAAAUGUAAGUCCAUACUCGGUUGAAAUGUCCACGUCAUCGUCAGGUGCUACAGUUACUACGGUUUCUAAAGUUGACGAUCGUAAUAAGUCUCAAAACGAUAGAAAUUCCGGAGAAGUAGUUUACGCUGAAACUACAGAGGGCCAGCCGUUAGUAAUUCGGUGCGCGGCCCGUGGAGCCCGUCCUCAAGCGAACGUGACAUGGUAUUAUUAUUAUAAAGAUCAAGAAAAUGACGACGACAAUGAUUACGGAAGUGGAAUAAGAAAUGAACAAAAUGUUCAUGCACCUACCGUUCAAUCGUCGAAACACGGAGCACCUGUAAUGUUAGGAAACAGUCAACAAAGCGGGGGCUCUACAGCUAGGUCUCCCAGUGAUUAUUUGAUAUCGGAACAGCGACGUAUGGAAGGUGGAGCAGAAAUAAUAGGUCCCGUAGAAAUAGCACAGCACACUGAAUAUCAAGCUGAUGGCACCCGAGAUACGCACAGUCAAUUAUCAAUGUCACAACUUCAUCGCCAACAAGACGGUUCCAUACUACGGUGUGAUGCAUUCAAUAAUGUAGGUUCAUCACCAAAUCAACCUCUCACUGUAAACAUGACAAUCCGAGUAAAAUAUAUACCGACUGCUUGGGUAGUACCUAUUACUGACGGAGAAAAUUCUGGUGCGAUUGUAGAGGACGAAAUAAGAAACGAUAUAGGUCAACAACGUAAGGGAGGAGUUGAUAAUAGCAAUAAUAUCAACCCAAUAAUAAUUGACGCUUCCAAAGACACUUACGACGGAUCACACUAUCAAACAAUUCUAUAUACUGUGGUAGUUAAUGAAACUAAAGAAUUGAGGCUGAACUGUGCAUACCACGCCAAUCCAGAUAAACUCCGUACUCCUGUUAAAUGGUAUCGAGAUGGUAUUGAGUUACCAUUAGUUGACGAAGAAGAACCGUCUUCAUCAAAUCAGGGAUCAUCAUAUGCAGCAGUAACACCAGCUACGGGCACGGGUACACUAUCAGGAUCGUCAAAUGGUGCUAAUACUAGAUUUCGCAUGAACCCUAUGGGUAACGUCGCAAAAUACGCUCGAGUUAAGGGAUUGGCCAAUGGAAACGGGGGCAUUCAUGGAGAUGGAAAUGGUGAAGACGCAACUGUAUUAAUAAUUCGAAAGUUAACACGUUCCGACUCGGGCCGUUAUGAGUGUCGGGUUAGAAAUUCAGUUGGAGCAGCCAAUUCUACAAAUUUCGCAAACGUUCGUGUUCAGUAUACACCUAAGGUAAAAUUACACGUUAUCCUAGACGAUUCACUCGAUGAAAAUCAAACUUCAUCGACAGCGAGUAGCAGUAUCAACAAUAAUAUGGUCGGAUCAAAUCCAAUUGUAUUAGAAUCGGAACAUCGCAACGUUACACUUCGAUGUGCUGUACAGUUAGAAGAAGAUCAGCAAAAUAUUGAAGACACUAACAGUGAUCCGUCUUUGAAUUUAACCUCAGUCCAUUGGUAUUGGAACGGCGUACAAAUGCAGUUACCAAACUGUACUAGAUCAACGGAUAGCAGUGAUAUUUUUGGUGACGAAGAAGACGGAGAUAAUGAUUUUGAUAUCGAAAAUAAUGAUAGUGAAAAUAAUGCCAUGAACUUUAACUAUGAAACUAGUGAACCACAUGGAGAAGGAGAAUAUGACUCAUAUGCUGUCGAUAAUGACACAAGAAGACGCAAUAAAAAGCAAAGGAAAGUGGUGUGCACUGAUAGAGAACUUAUUUUAGUUAAUGUGACGAAAAAUAUACACGGAAAUUAUUCAUGCCGAGCUCGGAAUGCUGCUGGUCUUCUUACUCCAAUGUCUGAUCAGACACCUCUUAUCGUAUAUUUUGCUCCGGGACCGGUGACAUUGGAGUUCAGUCCACGAAGGGUCAUAAAAGGAAGGAACGUAACCUUACGAUGCAAUGCUCAAUAUCUUGGUCGGCCACAACAUCCUACUCGUUACUCAUGGUUUCGCGAUGGUCAUCCAUUUUACCACCAAAAUCAAGGAUUAAACCCUAACGUAAAUUCUGGAACCGGAAUUAGUAUUGGUGCCAACGGAAAUAAUGGUGGUGGAAAUUUCAACCCCGAAUGGUUUGUCGAUCACGUUUCAUUGGAAACUCGUGCUAAUUUCACCUGUUCUGCUUACAACGAAGGCGGUGUCACAUAUUCUGAGCCCGUAUACAUCGAGGUUUUUGCUCCGCCAAAUUACAUCACUGGACCCCCUCAAUACUUAGGAGUAGCUUAUAAUGCAACACAUGUGAAUGCAUCGUGCACUGUUGAAUGUUAUCCCCAUUGCUCCGUGAACUGGUUACGCCGUGGUAUUCUCAUCGAUCCAAUAAACAACCCUAUGGACAAAGAGAGAUAUUCAAUACUGACGGAAUAUUUACCCGCGGAACGGUUGAAAAACGAUUUCGAAGCGGUACGCAGUAUAUUGAUCUGGCGCAUGGACAACUGGCCAGGCGGUCGCGGUUUGGAUCCCAUAACAGAUUCCACGGAAUACAGUUGCCGGAGCAGUGGCAAUGAAGUCGGUCCACCGGUCUCAGAAUCGAUAAUGAAUUUCUCUGUUGAAUAUCCUCCUGGUAACAUGACUGUCUCCAAAACUAUUGUGCACGUCAGCGAAGGUAACAUACCGGAAAAAGUAUUUUGCCACGCUGAGGGUCGCCCCCAGCCCACUUUUGAGUGGCGUUACAUCCCCAACACGAACAAUUGGAACGUACCAGGAAACUCGUCUCAGUCGAACCAACCGUCUUCGCAGCAAAGGCUCUCUUCGAUUGCCAACGCUGGAAACAGCGGUGUCAGCGGAGGCUCUGGAAGUGGUGGUAGUCAAAUUAAUAACCAACAGUUGGUGUUGAACUCAGCUGUAGGUAGGCAUCAAGCUGGUUAUUACGCCUGCGUAGCUCGCAACACACACGGAAACGAAACUGCGUACACUUAUCUGGACGUUAUGUACAAGCCUAGGUGUCAACUCAGGAUGGUAACCGUUGACCAAUUUAAGCAGGAAUCAUCAGCUAGUUUGACUGAUCAAUCUUCCGAAUUAGAGGAAUUUUUGUCUUCAUCAUCCGGCGAAAAAAGAAUACUGCUGUGUACAGCUACUGCAAAUCCAGGCCAUGUACAGUAUACGUGGACCAUAAGAAACUCUGGGCGCCAAAACGAUACGUCGACAUCUUUGACAUCCGAUUCUCCUGCUACUGAGAGGGUCAUCACCGUAUCAGUUGGAUCACCAAGCAACAGUGGAUCAAACGAAAUGGAUAGUAUGGGAAGUUAUAACCGGAGCAUACUAAUAUUACAAGAUAGGCUGGAAGUGAGUAACAAUGAUGAUGAUGAAGGAAGGGGUAGCGACAAUAUACCAAGCAACGGUGCAUCAGAAGGCGUCAGGACAUAUGUGUGUACUGUAAACAACACUGUAGGAUCGGACCAGUGUAGCAUUCAAGUUCAAGCUGUCAGGGAAAGUGACGCUCCGUGGUGGAAACAGUUGUUGGCAACCAUAGGUUUGGGUGGAUUGCCAGUGAUGGUCGUCUUGGUGGCCUUGGUUGUGAUUUUGCUACUUAUCGUCAUCAUUGUCAUCGUUAUCCUGUUGCUGUUCGUUUGUAAGAACCGUUACCUUAAACCGGGCAAUGGAGUGUCAGGAGGACGUCAGAAAUAUGUUAAACAAAAAUACCCUACAUUGACGGCGUAUAGGGUACCAGUCGUUUGGCGCCGGCACCGAGGCCGUGGCUUGCUAUUAAACAUAUCGAAAGUGCGACAAAAUCCCGAAGGGAGUGCCACGACGUCGAACAUUUCCGGUGCCAACCCCACGACCGUACAGCAGUGCACAGAUCAUCAGUCGACGGAUGUCCUGGGCAACCCUAAGCCUCCGCCAGGAUACGAUGACGAUCAUUCGCAAUCGUUUGCCAGCCAGCGGACCACUUCCGCAGCGAGCGUCGUAGGCAAGUGGCCGCUCAAGCCUGGCGUGUUGGUGCACUCGAAACAGCAGUUGCUCAAGUUGCAGUCGGCCACUGGUCAAAGUCCAUCGACGACGGCCGACACUGCAGACAGUGGCAGCGGGUCAGCCGACAAAACCGUUUCCGACGGAGGCGGCGACAAACACAAGUCGAAAAAAAACCAAACCGGCAAAGGAAAAUCGCCAGCGCCUGAUUGCAUGAUGCUGGCCAACGAGACUCAGUCGGCGCGAGCGGCUCGCAUACGUCGCAUGAUGAUCGGAUCAAAUAAUAAUUUGGUGCCAAAAAAACCGUCACCCACGUCACCUCCUCCAGCGCCUCCUGUCCGCGGACAGAGCUCGGACACCGGCGCAAGUAGAUGUCCUUCUUCUGUAACAGAUUCGCGGGGUGGAGCCGGUCAACAGCAGGACAACGAAUCCAACUUGGGAGCGACGGGUGACUCGAAAGCCGCGUUCUACGAAAACUUGCCGUUCCACGGAAUGCGACCGCCACCCAAUCAGUCGUCCGCGAUUCAGUCGAGCAACGGUAACGGUAACACGGUCGGUCGCGCCAACUAUAAGCCACCGCUGCCGCUGCCGCCCUCCGCGGACGCAUCGCCGUCGCCGUCGUUGAUCCACCGGUCCCCUAACGGCGGAUACGUUUCCCUGCUGCGCCGGUCGGCGGUUCCCGAGUCGGACGCUGCGGUUACCGGACGUCCGACGGCCGCCGUUCGGUUCAACUCGCUGCAGCGUCCGAACCGCGGCUCGGUGACCGCGUGGCAGCGACGCGACCGGCAGUUCCGGUCCAUGAGAACCGUGGGCACCGGCGGCGGCGGUGAAAAGUCGGUCGCCGAGAGAUCGGCGGCGAUCGGUCUUCCGACCGUCGGCAACGACCGCCGACUCAUAGGGCGCCAAGACGACAACAACAACGACAGCGGCGGCGGCGACGAGACGAAAGCGUCGACGGCGGUGACCGCGAACCGCGGCGGUGAAGGGCGAAAAGACGCGUUUUCCGCGUCCACGUUUCCCAAACCUGCGCCCAGGACACGCGUCCCGUCCGCCUCGGUAGCGCCGCCGUCGUUGUCCCGCCGGGACACUUACGAGAACCUGCAACAGCUGUUGAACGGUGCGGGCGAAGGUAGUGCGAUCGGCAGCAACAAGUUAACAGGAGUCGGAAUAGGAGCUCGGAGCUUGGACGAGUUUUAUCGCAUGCAAAUACAGCAACAACACCAACUGUUGUACCGGGUAGCUGGGGACGACGCGCCCGCGACAGCUCUCACUUCCGGAUACUCGACCGUCGGCGGCGGCGUCGUUCACCACCGUCAGCAACAACAGCAACAGCAGCAGCAGAACCAUCAACAACCGCAGUCCAUCGAAAUGACUCAGUUCGAGGUGACCAGCGGCCCGGGUCGGGAAGACGUGUACCAAAAAUCUCAGAAACACCAACAGCAAAACGCGAUCGGCCGGUACAAUAACGACGACGACGGAAUCGGCGAAGACAAGAUGUGCAAGUCGAUGAACGCCGGCGGCGGCACCAUGGGAAGACGUCGCCGCGCCAACCAGCAAACUUUGGACGGCGGCGGAGGUCAGUUGACCGAUCACUACUAUACCGGCGGCGGCGGCAGCAGUCAACACUUGCAGCAACAAUACCAUCACCACCAACAUCACCACCAGCAACAGCAACACGGCAACAACAGGAGACGCAGCAACGCGGACGGACCGCUCGUACAGCCGACUUCCGGCACCAGCAAUUACAACACCGUUUCCGGCGUCGGCUAUUACGCCGCGGACGUGUACGCCAGCAUGGGCGCGCGACAGCAACAGUCGAAACGGCAACAGCAGCAACAACAGCAACGGCCGUACGGCGGCGGCGUGCAGGGCGCCGCUUCCGCCGGAAACGUUUCCGACGAACAGACGCUGACGGCCAAGCGUUCGUGGCGCCGGCAGCAGAACCGCAGGCGCCGGGCCGGCGUGGGCGGCGGCGUGGUGGCCGUCGAACCGGACGACGACGACGCCGAUCAGUCUCAGCCCGCCGCAGCUUCCGACUACGCGGCGGACGCCGAGGCCGACGAUCCGCCGUCGCCGCAGCCGCUGGCCGACAGGUACCGGAGCGUGGCCGCGGCCGUGGCCGAGUUGGACGUCAUGCACCAUCACCGCCAGCGUCAGAAGAAUAAUAACUGCAGCGCAGUGCAACCGGCCGCCGCGGAAAUGCAACAAGCCAACGGCGCCGGAACCAACAAAAACGUGCCCUACAAACCGCCGGCGGCCAGUGGUUACGCGGAAGGCGGCGACAUGGAGUACGCCGACGUGGACUACCGGACGAUGUAUUACGGGCCGAUCAAUUACAAACAAUCGUCUUGAGACCCUCACCCCCCUGCUAUCGUCGCCGACCCGUCCUCGUCUCCUAAAAUGUCCUGCUCGAGCGCGCCUUCUCGUCGCAUCGAUAUACGGUUUAUGAUAUAAUGUUUGCGUGCGAUGAUUGUACAUGAGACGCAUCGGAGUGCCGACAGCUGACAUUAUUAUAUAUAAUAUUAUAUUAUAGUGAUGACGCGUAUAUCUUACGCCUCUAUGACUUUUAAGAUUUUUUUGAUUUUUUACUAUUGAUUAACGACGGUUUUACUUUUCCGUGUCAAACCUUUUAACUAUCGGCGGGUACCGUUAAUCUGCGGUACCUGUUUAAAUAUUGUUCUCGCACAAAAUAUCGAUUCAAGUUCACGACUGUCUAAAAGACCAAAAUUAAUAAUUUACACACUGUCCCUACAUCUCUCACUCGCAUACACACAUACACACACACACACACACACACUCAUACUCAUACACACACUUACACACUCAUACACACACUUACACUCAUAUACACACUUACACACACUCACACUCAUAUACACACUUACACACUCACACAUACACACACACAUAAAGGCCACAGGGUGAAAAUAAAUAAUUAAUUAAAGUCUCACUGAUUGUUUAAUGCAUAUGCUAUGUAAUAUUCGCAUACACAUCCCUGCAAACGCGUGAUGACGGCCUAAACAUUCUAAACCAUUCAUUCGAUUCGAUCUAAAUUAUAAUACGCGUAGACAGAGUUCGACGAUGGCCUGCAGUUCUGAAAAAAUGUCUAUUUCAUCAGUCAAUCUUACUCUUAUAAUAUCUUAGUGCUUACUCAAAAAUUAUUAACGUUUCAAAAACGGUGUCGUCCCGCGUACCGCUCAUCUAACUAAAUAUUAUUGUAGGUUGUAGAAUCAUUUUCCGUAUUCAUCUACUCGUACUUUUAUUGAAAAACUGUCAAAUUAUUACCGAACACACAUUGACAAUCUAUACACAAAAUAUUCUGUUACUAAAGGCGUACCUAUACGAAUACCUGUGAACAACAUAAUAUUAUUAUUACGUAUAUUUCGAAUUUCGAUCAUCGACCAUCAUAUUAUUACCUAUAUAUUAAUUAUUUAUGAUAUCUAUCGUCGAUGUAUUUCAUAUCUUUUUGUAUAAAAUAUUUUAAUGUUACCUAUAUAAUAUUAUGAUCUAUCGCUUUUAUUUACAGUUAUAUUGUUCGUUUAUUAACAGCGUAAAAAAUGUUACGCACGUGCCAUUUAUUAUAUUAUUAUUAUUAUUAUAAUCGUAUUGUUGUUAUAAUUUUUAGUCAAUGCGCCGCCGUUGUAAUGACUAAUGACAUAAUAUAUAUGUAACGACGCGCAUAUUAUGUUUCUCUAAUAAUUGUAUCAGAAAUAAAAUAAUAUUAUGUUGAUUUUGGCAUUCUUAAUCGUCGUCGUUUCUUGUAGUCUGCCGAGAAGUCAAAUGCCUCCCAUCUAAGUGUUUAAAUGUUAAAAUAUAUCAAAAAAAAAAAAAAUUUAUUAUUAUGAAUCAUAUAAUAGUGUUUCAGUAACAAAAUUAUUAUCGUAGAAAUAUAGUCUUAGUAUAAUGAUAAUAAUAAUAUAUAUAUAUGUAUUUUAAAUCGAUAUUAGAGAUGUAUGUUUUUUACAGACGGUUUUUGAAUAGUUUGAUAAGUCGAGUACACGAAUAAAUUAAUCGCAUAAAUCAUAAUACAUAGUAUAUAUGAUCAUGUUUUGUUUCAUACACACCACGUACGAAGGCCGUCUGUCGUUAGUAGAAAUUUUAUUAUAAAAUAAUAGUAUUAUGUAUCUAAACAAAUUAUAUAGUUGUCUUUAUUGUGCACCCACGCGAGUGCGUUAAUAUAUAUAUAUAUUAUUAAUGUAUGUGUAUGUGUAAAUUGUAAAAUGUAUUAUGUGUUAAAUAUAUUAUAGUAGAGACUGCUGGUUACCACCACCGUGGCGACGGAUUAUUAUUAAUUUUAAUUGACAAUCAACGAUUAAAACGUAUAUGUUAACUUAUUUUUUAUCGAAGUUUAUGCCCAUUUAAAUAUAUAUAUUAUAUAUGUACGUGCGUAUAUUUGUAUAUGCACACACAUAUUAUAUUUUAUUUAUUUAUCCCAGAUUUACCCAUAUUAUAAAAAUUCUAUCUUGUUGUUACGGUAACGAUCAAUGCCUCUUACAGGCAUUGAUAUAACUAUCGUCAUCGAUCCCUUCUAUCGACUCGCCCGCCCGUAUAAGGGUGUACCGUCUGUACGGAGAUGCUGUACGACGUGUCCAUAUAUACCACCCCUGUCGUUAUCAUCUAUUUGUCUAUAUAUUAUUAUAUACCUAUAGAUUAUAAUAUUAUUAUAUGAUAUUAACUUCUUUACUUCGUAUAUAGUAUAUAUUUUAUUGAUAUAUAAAAUAUGAUAUAUAUAAUAUAUAUUUUGUAUUAUCGUAAUUGAUAAAUUUUCCCUUCGGACUAACAAAAUAACCUAAUUUUAUUCGUUAAUUAUUAUUGUUGUACUAUUAUUGUAUUUUGUUUUUAUUAUUUACGUAUCUAAGUUGACACCUGUAAUUUUAUUAUCAUACAAUUUAUUAUUUUUAUUAUUAUUAUUAUUAUUAUUAUUAUUAUUAUUUGCAUUUUUACAUUAACACGCGGCAUUUACGAUUAAUAUGUUUUUACUAUAUAUUGUAUUCGUAAUUCGUAUUGCGGUAAAUGAAGGGUGGUGGAACCUCCGCCGUUUGUAUUCUAGUCAUUAUUUACUAAAUAUAUAAUUAUUAUAUCUCCUGAAUAUCCCCCAAAGGCAUUGACGCUUGCGACAAAACGACUUGAAGUGUUUUACAUUAUAUAUAUUAUAUAUAUAGAUCAUAAUUAUUGUAAUAAUUUUAAGUAGUUUAUCUAUAUACAUUUAAACCGUUUUGUUUAGUUUAGAAUCGUUAUCAUAAAAACAUUUUUUUUUUAUAUAUAAUAUAUGUAUAAUGUAUAUAAUAAUAUUAUUGGUUAUGACGAUAAUAAUUGUUGUUUCGAUGAUAAUAAAAAAGUGUGAGAGAAAGAUAUAACAA